AUGACGGAGAACAACAUCCCAACUUCAACACCUCAAACGGUGGCUGCUUCAGCUCCGAUUGAUCAAAAUCAUGCUGUUCAAGUUACCUCAACUCCAACUGCCUCGGUGACGGCGACAGCCGCUGCCGCCACCGCCGCCAUCAACAACUCAAUGAACGCUGGCCAGCAGCUCCCCUGUCAAUGGGUUGGCUGCACUGAGACAAGUCCUACUGCCGAAGCCCUCUAUGAACACGUCUGUGAGCGCCAUGUCGGUCGCAAAAGCACCAACAACCUAAAUCUGACGUGUCAAUGGGGAACUUGCAACACCACAACAGUCAAGCGUGAUCAUAUCACUUCUCAUAUCCGGGUUCAUGUUCCCUUGAAGCCUCAUAAGUGUGAGUUCUGUGGCAAGGCUUUCAAGCGCCCUCAAGAUCUGAAGAAACACGUCAAGACUCACGCAGAUGACUCUGAGAUCCGGUCUCCUGAGCCUGGCCUGAAGCACCACCCGGAUAUGAUGUUUCCCCAGAAUCCCAAGGGCUACGCAGCUGCUACCCACUACUUCGAGGGUCCCAUCAACGGCGUCUCCCAAGCCUACACUCAUGGUCCCCCUCAGUACUACCAAACUCAUGCACCGCCUCCCCCUCCGGCCAAUCCUCCCACUUACGGGAAUGUCUACUAUGCACUCAGCCAGGGCCAUGAUGGAGGCCAGUCUUAUGACCGGAAGCGCGGGUACGAUGUUCUGAACGAAUUCUUCGGAGACCUGAAGCGUCGACAGUUCGAUCCUAACUCCUACGCGGCUGUUGGCCAACGUCUGCUGGGUCUUCAGGCCCUGCAGCUUCCUAUUCUUAACGGCCCGGUUCCUGAGUAUCAGCCCAUGCCCGCUGGCGUAGCUGUUGGCGGCGGUGGUGGUGGUUACAGCCCUAGCGGCGCUCAGGCUCCUGCCUACCAUUUACCUCCGAUGUCGAAUGUCCGCACCAAGAAUGAUCUCAUUAACAUUGAUCAAUUCUUGGAGCAGAUGCAGAACACCAUCUACGAGAGCGAUGAGAAUGUCGCUGCUGCCGGCGUCGCCCAGCCCGGCGCUCACUACCUUCCUCCAAGCCAUGUGACUGCCACAGCCCCAGGCCCCAUGAUGUCCAACGCUGCUCACUCCCCAUCCGUGGGCACUCCCGCCUUGACCCCUCCCUCUAGCGCCCAGUCUUACACUUCCAACCGUUCCCCGAUCUCUAUGCCUCUUCACCACCGUGUUUCUCCGCCACAUGAGAGUGGCGCUAGCAUGUACCCUCGCCUGCCAUCCACUACCAUGGCUGAUAAUAUGACUGCUGGCUACCCGACUUCAUCUGGCGCCGCCCCUCCUUCAACUCUCGGAGCUUAUGACCACCACGAUGACCGCCGUCGCUACACCGGAGGCACUUUGCAGCGUGCACGCCCUGCUGAGCGUGAACUAGAGGAUGUCCAAAUGGAUACAUCCCUUGAUGGCAAGCAGGAAGGGGCACGCACACCCACCAACGAGCACCAUGUCAACAUUUCAGAGAGUUUGAUUGACCCAGCUCUAUCUGGACCUUCUCCCGACCACGAAGCUGCACAGCGUACUGCCCAGGCCGCGACCGAGGUUGCAGAGCGUGAUGUAAAUGUAGCUUGGGUUGAAAAGGUUCGCUUGCUAGAGAACUUGCGACGAAUUGUUUCAGAGCUUUUGGAGGCUGGUCACUUUGAUUCUGGCUCUGUUGGAGAGAGUCUUAGGUCCAUUUCGUCCGUAGAUGGUGCUAUGGAGGGAAUUGAGACGCAAAGUGCACAUGGCUCCAGUGCUCAUGCCUCUCCCGAAUCGUCCCAUGAAGACAUUAUUCUCAAGUCUGAUCCCAUUACCGAGUCUGUCUCAUACCCAACCCUUCGUGGACUGGAUGAUGAUGGAGAUUCCAAGAUGCCCGGUGAUGAGUAG